UUUCUUUAGUUGGGAGACAAAAGCGUCGACGUGAUUUCCGUGUUUAUCAGUCGAUUGCUGGGAAACAUUGAAGUUUAUUCUGUAGUACGUUAAUUCCUUUGGUCUUCUCGAUGUUCUGUGAUGAGCUCGUGCUAAAGACUGUUACCAAAGACUACAUUGAGAUCUUUGCUUUUACCACGGACGUUAUAAUAUAGUUGGUGCUUUUUGGCUAUACAGCUCGUGAUUGUUUCUUCUGGAAAUCAAGUAGCGAGAAUGACAUCCCUUGUGUCACUGGCGUUAUUUGAUUGGUCCCCACAGUCGUCUGCAAAAUUUGAGUUAAACGACUACUGUCAAACGUUAUUUUUGAUGUAGAAAAAAAUCGCAGUCAGUGAUAACGAGCUAAAGUUUAUGGCUUCAGUGCACCUAAUGUUACAACCUGCCUGUAUUGAUGGGGUCAGAUCGAGUGGUGGUGACUUUUUCCCCCUAAAAAACAGUCCCUGCUUCAGUAUGCCAUCAGAUGCUGUCGCAGACUCAAACUUAUCAGUGAGAGAAUUACUCUUCUAGCAUUUCAAGACCAGCUGCAAGUUGUGCAGCUUUGUAUUGCCAAUCAAAACAAAAAGAAGGGAGAACUGUUUGAAGCCAACAGAGAGGAAGUGGUAGAGCAGGCAAACUGGAUCAAUUGUGAGAAAGUUGUGUCAUUGCUAGAAACAGUAAUGAAUAGCACAUUAGAUACCACAGUUCAUCAGCAUACACGAAACCUCUACGAAGACUUGCUGGAAAAGUAUACUUCUUUUAUGAAGAGCAGCAACCACUUUGAUGCUGUGGAUGUUUUUAAGACCUUUUUAACUGAACUUUUGAAGACAGACUCAGCUUUGUUCAAAGAUGUUUCUUCAGUUCACUUUGAAUUUCAUGGAAAGGCACCAGAUUUGUUGCAAGAAGUUGUUGCUGAAAUGCUGAAGAAUACAACCAUCCACCAAGAGCAGCAAAGGAUAAGUCUUACCAGUUCUGCUAAAGCUCUUCUCUUUUCAUUCAUGGCCUCUCAGGAGCAGGGAGAUAAUGCCAAUGAUAGAUUAGAGUCAUCUGACAGAGGUUUUUUAAAGGAAAUAGUUGCUCAGAUUAUCUCCAGCUACAUCCACUUACUGGUAAACACUCGCAGUGAGCUGGCAUUGGCUUGCAUUUUCAACACACCAGAAAGAGGCUUGGACAGUCACGCAUUCACACAUCUCAAACAUGAAGCAAAAGAAAAGAAUAUGUCUUUGUUUCAGAUGACAUUGUCACUGAUGGCACAGUUACGACUUGGAGGUCAAGGCUAUGCUCCACCACCAGACAGCAACCUCCUGCUUCAUGUCAAGGGUUUAGGAAUGCUAACAGAUUUCAUAAGUCGACUCCAAACCCGUAUGGAAGAUCCAGCAUGUACAAGAUCUGGGCUGACCCGCGUGAUAGUCACCAUAAAGAAUAGUCUGGUCAACUGCAAAAGUAAGCGAUUUCCACAUCAAGUUGUUGAGGAAGUUGCAAACUCAAUAGAAAGGCAACUUGAUGACCUUAUACUUACCAUGGAGGAUCAGGGUCUGCUAAUAAGUCCAGACAAGGUGGCAGCUAACAAAGGUGGUACACUAGCAAGUAGGCGAGUUCAGCGAGUCCUGCUAUGGUUUCUGGAUAAGUGUGCAUCAGCUCCUACUAUUGUCAGUUCAGCUUAUCUUUGGAUGCAGGAUUUGUCAUUUGGAUCACAUACCCCAACACGGUUUUCCUGCACGCUGACACGUUUCUGUUCACCAGUUUUAACAAAGGAUUCCUCAUCCUUGAAGAAGGCUGGAAGUAAGAAGCCUGGUUUACAGAAGAAAAAUAUCAGUAUUAUCAGUCAUGCACCAGAUGGACAAGAAAGCAAGACAUUCCAGAAAGUAUGCUUUAAAAGAUGUUUGGAUUCUGUCAUUGUUUUGCCAAGCAAAACAGUCAUGCAUCCUGCAGAAUCCAUCAUAAAUGAAACAUGUCUUGACAAGCAAGCGAAUUGUAUAAAUGACAGCAUGGCCGAUAAAGAAAAUAUACAAAGUAGACCAAGUCAUGCCGAUAAGCAAGUUUGCAAAAAAAUGUGUCAUUGUGUUUCCUCUAUUUCAUCUAAAGAGGCACCCAUAGGAACAAUCAGGCUGGUAGUCGGUAACCAUGAUAAUCAGAAACAGAAAUGUUCUCAGCAGAAUAAAAAAUGCAGACGUAGGCUGCUUCCUCAGAUAAAGGGUCAACAACAAAUCACACACUUUUUUCGUCUGUAAUAAACUGUUUAGCAUAAAUAUUUAUCAAAUGGCUUGAUGGGUUUGUUUGCUUUACUGUAAUGUAUUUUACUUUUGCUUUUGUAUAGCCCAAUCAUGCAGUUAUAGUAGUUGAAUAAAUCCUGUACUUUCGUUGAUUCAGAAAGGUAAUAUCUACCUAUGGGAUUUUUUGUGAGACUAGAAAAAUAUCUACAGAAUGAGAGAGGAUGCCUAGUAACAAAACUGUAAAUGAAAAGAUGAGGUAAUUUUUAGCAAUAUUUAUAUUGCAAAUGCAGACUGUUCAGGAUUUUAAAAAUACCAAGGUGAUUUGCCUGUUUAAGCAUCAAAUUUUCCCCAACUUGAACAGUCAUGAGUUGUUGAUUUUACAUUUGAGAAGAAAUAAAAUGAAACAUGUAAAUGUGUUUGGGAGUUUUCUUUCUAAAGGCUAAACGAAUGCCCUUGAGCCUUUGGCAGAGUUGUGUGCGAAGGUCACAGGAAGCCUGUAUGAGACUGUUAGUGCUCAAACUUGUGUAACCGAUGCACGUCCGUGGUUAGGGUCUUUGUAUCUUAUUUCUGAAUCUGCUAUUUUUUGGCUUCUAGCACAAAAUAUACUACUUGAUAUACACAUUACUAUUCUAUUCACGUUCAUUUUCUGCAUAUGCAUCACGAAGUGCAGUUAAUAUGGCGUGGGAGCGUGCGUAUGUUAUAUACCACAUAUUCCAUCUGUGCAAUCGAAAUGUGAACAGCUAUUGAAUGGUCUUUCCAUGCUCUUCCACUACGAAGGGU